ACUGAGCAUGCGUGAAAUUUUUGGUGAAAAAUCUGAUUGAAAUAUCACUAGGGAAAUACACGACAUAUUUUCUACGUUUCCUUAAUGAAAUGACUGAAUAAUGACCUGAUUUAAGGUAAUUAGAACUUCUACUGCAUGCAAAUAAAGAAGUGGAACACUAGCAGAACUGAUACAAAAUGUCGAAAUCUAAAGGUUCUAGCAAAGGUGCAGAGUGUGUCAAAGUGGUGAUAAGAUGCCGGCCUUUAAAUUCAAAGGAAAAAGAACAAGGACAUCAAAGGAUUGUGGAAAUGGAUGUCAAAGGGGGUGUUGUAGAAGUCAAGAGCCCCAAGCCUGGAGAGUUGCCCAAAAAAUUCACAUUUGAUUCUGUCUAUGAUUGGGAUUCAAAACAGUGUGACUUGUAUGAUGAGACAUUCAGAGAUUUGGUAGAGUCUGUACUGAAUGGUUUCAACGGCACCAUCUUUGCUUAUGGACAAACUGGGACAGGAAAGACAUUUACAAUGCAGGGUGUGAAGACAGACCCUGAUCUCAGAGGAGUAAUACCAAACUCAUUUGAACAUAUCUACCAGCAUAUAGCCCGAGCUCAAAACCAGCAGUACUUAGUCAGAGCAUCCUAUAUUGAAAUUUAUCAGGAAGAAAUUCGAGAUCUCUUAAAUAAAGACCAGAAUAAGAAAUUUGAACUGAAGGAGAGUCCAGACACUGGAGUAUAUGUUAAAGGAGUCACUGCUUGUGUGGCAAAAAGUAUUAAAGAAUUAGAACGUGCCAUGGAUACAGGGAAUGCUAACAGAGCAGUUGGGGCUACUAACAUGAAUGAGCACAGUUCAAGGUCUCAUGCUAUCAUGGUGGUGACAAUAGAAUGCAGUGAGGAUACAAAUGAUGGAGAGAACCACAUCAGAGUAGGCAAGCUAAACAUGGUGGAUUUGGCUGGCAGUGAGAGGCAGACAAAGACAGGAGCUACUGGUGAUCGCCUGAAAGAGGCCACCAAGAUUAACUUAUCUUUGUCAGCACUGGGUAAUGUUAUCUCUGCCUUGGUGGAUGGCAAGAGUUCACACAUUCCUUACAGAGACUCUAAACUUACAAGGUUGUUACAAGACUCCCUAGGAGGAAACGCAAAGACUGUGAUGGUAGCAAAUAUAGGCCCUGCCAGUUAUAAUUAUGAUGAAACUAUCACCACAUUGAGAUAUGCUAACAGAGCCAAGAAUAUCAAGAACAAACCCAAGAUUAACGAAGAUCCCAAGGACGCAUUGCUCAGAGAAUUCCAGGAGAAGAUAAAUAGGUUAAAAGAACAGCUGCAAAGUAAGGGAGGUCCAAGAAAGAAGAGGAAGAAGAAGAAGAGACAAAGGAUUGGUCCUGAUGGGGAAACUAUAGAGGAGGAAAUUGAGGAUGAAACAGAAGAAGAUGAUGAAGGGGAUGAAGUUGAUGAGGAGGAGUAUAUCAAACAGCAACAGAGUAAGCUAGAGGAGGAGAAGAAUGCCAUCCUCAACAAUGCUUCUCUUAUUGCAGAGGAAAAAGAACGCCUCUUGAAAGAGGCUCAAGGUAAAGAAGAGGCACUAAGGAAGGAAAAGGAAGCAAAGAACAAACUUGCAGAGGAGCUCAAGUUGAUGGAAAGCAAGCUUUUGAGAGGUGGUAAAAACAUUGUUGAUCACACAAACGAGCAGCAGAGGGCGCUAGAGCAGAGGAGGCAAGAGAUAGCUGAACAAAAGAGAAAAGAGCGUGAAAUGCAGCAAGCAUUGGCAGCCAAUGAAGAAAAAGCCACAGAGUUACAGGACACGUAUGUCUCACUGGAGCAGGAAGUGGAAGUGAAAACCAAGAAAUUGAAAAAACUUUUCGCUAAACUACAACAAACCAAGCAAGAAAUCCAAGACUUGCAGGAGGAACACGUCCAGGAGAGGCAAGAAAUGGAGCAGACGCAAAAUGAACUUACAAGAGACCUGAAGCUCAAAAUGCUGAUUAUUGAAAACUUCAUUCCUCCUGAAGAAAAGAACAAGAUCCUUAACAGGGCAAUGUAUGAUGAAGAAGAGGACAGUUGGAGGUUGCAGCCUCACAGCAAAAUGAAUCCAGCACAAAUGGCCAAACGUCCCAUCUCAGCUGCUGGGAACAGGAGGCCUAUUUCAGAAUAUGCCAAAAUGGCAGCAGCUAUGGGAGGAAACCCAUUCAGAUAUAAGGGUGAAAAUAUUCUCUGUUUGGAGUUGGACAUGCCAAACAGAACAACACGGGAUUACGAGGGCCCCUGUGUGGCGCCACGUGUCCAGGCUGCCCUGGAUGCUGCUCUUCAGGAUGAGGAGGAUAUUGAUAUUGAUGGAAGCAAUGCUAUUUUUGGUGGCAAGAGUAAGCCCAAAGCUAAGAAAAGAGAAAAAUCUGCAAAGGACAGACCUAAAACAGCUAGUAAACGGAACCAGUCACAGAAUGCCAAAGAAAUGUUCCCAACAUCAAGAGGACUUGUACCAAAGUAAAAUUGGGAUAUUACAUAUAUGUACCCUUAAUUGGUAACUUGUCUGACUUAGAAAGUCUGUAUUAAGAUAGCAUUUAAGAAAGAAUAACAACUCAUUGGUGGUUGUAUAAGCAUAUGAAAAAUGGAAUAUCCAUGUUGGCUGCAUGUAAAUCCUUGAAAUGGGAAUUAAACAUUUAUUAACUGUUGAAGAGUAUGGUUAGUCUUCUUUGGACAAGUAUUGCUACCCAGUAUAAGAAAAAAUAAUUGUGUCACAAUUUUUUUUUAUUUACCUUAUUUAGGAUGGCAUUUUUUUCAUUAGGGUUCAAGUGAACAAGCUAUGUCAAAUUUGAUGAGUUGCUUUAUAUUAGGACACUGUAAAGCCUGGUGCUUACAGUGCUUUAUUUUCUUUUUUACAUUUACAUUUAAAGAAAUUGUACAUAUCAGUGUCAAAGGAUCUCCAUUUUCCUGUUAGUGUGUGAUUUCUAAAAUCAUUCUUUGUCUCUAGUAAAAUAUUGGAAAUACCGUAGAGAAUUGAAGUGAGAAGAAAAUGUAGCAUCCUGCAUGUUUACAAAUAUAAAGGAAUAUUUACACGGGGAGAAAACAUUAAUGCUUCAGAUAGUGAUGUUCAGGAAAUUUUUAAGCCAGACAUUUGAUGGUGUGAGCUGCUUUUGUUGUCAUUCAAAUAUCUGGUAAUAUAUUACUACUAGUCUAUUGUCUUAUCUGGGCGUGAUUGUUCUUUUGGUCAGAAUUGUUGAUAUAAAUUUUGCCAAGUUAAGAGCCAAUUAUUCAUAAGAAUGCAGACUUUUAUGGGACUUGCAUUUAAAUUUAUGAACCUGAAUAAUGCAUGGGCAUAAAAGGUAAACUUUGAAAGGAUGCCGACUUGAGUAUGGGUGACAUUUUAUGAUUUGGACUGUCUGCUCCAUGAAUUAUGAAAGGUGAAUUAUGUAUUGGGACAAAUAAUGUAAAGAGAACAUCUUGUUUAGGACGGCUUUGUCAUAUUGACUUUAUCCUUGUAUAUACAUGUACAGGCAGAAAAUUGUUGUGACUUGAGAAAUUCUUACAUUGAAUUCAGUGUACAUAAAUCUUGUGAUGCUUACGUGGAUGAGUUUGCACUGUAUAGUCUACCUUUAUGGUAUACACUUGUACAUUUUAAUGUUGUGGUAUACAUACUUUCUGUGAAUAGAACUAUUUCAGUUUAUAACUUAAAAGGCAAUCGUGUAUAGGCUUCAAACAGAAAUACCAACUUUAUAAUGUUUUAACUUCCUAGUUUAUUUACUUACAAAUAUCC